AUGGAGAGUUAUGAAGAUUGUGUUUUCGGUUGCAGUAGCACCACCCCGUCGUCGGGGCUCUCCCUGAGCCAACACUCGCAGGAGCCGCAGGAGCCACAGGAGCCACAGGAGCCACAGGAGCCACAGGAGCCACAGGAGCCACAGGAGCCACAGGAGCCACAGAAGCCACAGGAAGAGCCACAGGAGCCACAGGAGCCACAGGAGCCACAAGAGCCACAGGAGCCGCAGGAGCCGCAGAAGCCACAGGAGCCACAGGAGGAGCCACAGGAGCCACAGGAGCCGCAGGAGUCCCCUGCAAUGCAACCGCUGCCGCCCGAGUGGGCCGAGAAGGCGCGCCUGGAGCUGGGCGAGGACCCGAGUCAGACGCCCGCCCGCUUGGAGGAGCUGCGGGAACGCCUGCGAGAGACGGGUUCGGACCACGCGGACCUGUGCGAGGACGAGUCGUUCUACCUCACCUUCCUGCGCGCGCGCAAGUUCAACGUGGAGAAGACUGUCAAGCUGGUGCGCCGCUACUGGGAGAUGCGGCGCCGCUACCCGGACGUCUGCCGGUUCGCCGCCGCCUCCAAGCACCGCCGCUUCCACGACACCAAGGCCAUCUCCGUGCUCCAGGACAGGGGGCACUUCGAGGCGCCCGUCAUCCUGGCCAAGAUCGACUACUUCGACCUGAGCCACAUCACGCCCAUGUACGUGGUGCGGCAGUACUACACGCUGCUCGAGACGUGCUCGCUGGACCCGCUGACCCAGGUGUCCGGCGUGCACCUCAUCCUCGACCUGCAGGGCGUCAACCUCAAGCACAUUCGCAUGAUGACCCCGACGUUUGUGAGCACGGCCGUCAGCCUCACCCAGGAGAGCUUCCCGAUGAGGUGCCGCGGGGUGCACGUCGUCAACCAGCCGUUCGGCUUCGAGGCCAUCUAUGCCUUAUUCAAGCCGUUCCUCGCCGAGAAGCUGCGCAGGAAGAUUCGCGUGUUUGGCAGCGACUGGCGGGCGCUCCACGAGCACGUGCCGCCCGCCGUGCUGCCGCACCUGUACGGCGGCCGCCGCCAGGGCAUCGACAACGCGCCCUGGCUGCAGCGGCUGGCCGACGUCGAGGAGGCCAUGCUCGCCUGCCGCUGAACUCCUCUCCAGCCCUUCUUGAUGGUCGAGAGCGCGCCAACGAGCAAAGGGAAAUGAAGGUACUUUUCGGAAUGACCGUAGAUCAAGCGGACUGGAAAAUUGGUGUGACUUGAUUGGUACGCGCUAAGUGUAAAACUCAGACUUGAAGAGUCCUCAGGACUCACAUUAUUUUGUCUAAGUCAUCUCAGUCGACAACAACUAUACUACAUACCGUAUGUCAUGUUCACGUUUCAUUAGCUAUAUGUUUCCUCAUAUGUAUACAAUCAAAUACAAGCAGUGAUUUUGAUGUGAAAUGUACAGAAAUGUCGUUAAAUAAAUGAAUAAGAAGGUCAA